CCUGGAAAUAAUGGCAAUUUGUGGGUGGGGAAGGAGGCUGGAACUUUUCCUGUUUGUUUUCUCCUGCUCUGAACCUUCCCCCCUCCUUUCCACUGUGCCUCUGCUUUUAGAAACAUUCAGUAAGUUGGAAUUGACCGAGAAAGUUGGAGCUUUCUGGUGGAGCUGAUACUUUGAUACUGCAAGGAUUUUAGAGAAACAAACAGUUUACAAACUGGAGAAGGAACAUCACGCCUCUCUCUGAAAACAUCCCUUCAUAAUCUCUUUGCGUUUGAAGAUACUGAAGUCUCAGAAUGCAGAACAAGCAAGCACAGCAAAAUGCAUCAGCGAGGAACAUGACUGGAAUAUACCUGGGAAUGGAAGGGUCUUCCCCGAGGUUUACUCACAUUUCGGCCGUGCCACCUCUUUUUCGUAGGCGAAGCUUUUACCGGGCAAAAACCUCUGUGGAAUAUCAGCGCUAUAAAAAAAUUGAGAUGCUGCGACUCAUCGAAUCCAGGCAAGGUUUCACAGAUGCUAUUGUCAAGCCAAACGUGAAGACUGUCAGCCCAGAGGUGGAAUUACAUCCUCACUAUCACACUAAACCCCGUCUGCUAACUGCAGAGGAACUGAGGAAGCUGACAAGGAAAGCCCUGAGGGAUUUUGGAAUUCCAGGCCAAAGCAACGGGGACAAGUUGGACAAAAGAAGCAAAAGUUCCAGUCUCCUAAAUAGUCCGAGGAAGUCCCCAAACAGCAGCUGCCAGUCAAACAUCCAAGAUUUGUCUGUUGUCACCAACUGUGGCAAAACCAAAGAACCCUACAGGAUAUCUAUAGCAAAACAAGAACUAACGAGGACCAAGCCAGAUCACCAGGAAGUGUGCGAGAGUGCCGUUCCUUCCCAGCCUGAGAGAAGCAGUCACAACAGGCAGCCAAGAAGCAGCAGAGCUCAGCAUCUUCCUUUGAACAGGUACCUUCAGAGCUCUCAAGUGUUCACAAGGACAGAGCAGCUCGGCAGAGCUGCAAAGAUCCACUUGCAGAGCGCCGGCAAGGACAAAAUGCUUCUUCCGUCAGCAUCUGUCAGUGGGAGUCCGUUGCUGCUUCCUUGCAAGACUACACCUCUGGGACGAGUCCACUUGGCAGGGAGAUGGGGAUACACUGAAAGUGGUUUCCCUGGAUAUAAGACGCCUAGACUCAACACAGCUCUGAGAUGUAAUCUAAUUUCCAAAACUUUGGAGCUAAAACAGAGGAGUGAUGGCAAUGACAGCAGUAAACAGGUGCCCCCGACAGCUACGGUGAAUGGUACUGGUGUGAGAAAUGGAUCAGGAAGGAUAGAUGCAUUGAAAAGACUUGAAAUCGUGCAGCACGAGGGAGAGACUGAAAAACCGCCUCCCAAAAUCUUCAGACAUCGAUGGGCCUCUGGGAGCCAAUGGCAAAGCUACAUCCUCAGUAAAGGUACCCACUGCCUUCAACUCAGGAGCAAGGAGUCCUCCCCACUCUGAAAUAAAUGACCAAGGCACUGGCAGCAAGAAACAGGGAGAGACAGAGGCAUCUGAAUGUGAAAUUCAAGAUCCAUUUGAAGAAGAGCACUCCGAAGACUUGGUAACAGAACUAAGUGACUUGAGAAAGGUAGAAGACUCUCAAAUGCCCAAUUUCAAUGAUGACGAAGAGGAUGAGGAGACAUUAGAAAUGGAUAGCACCAUGCAACUCGCAAAACAAAUUGAGGUUAUCAUUAACUUGAAAACAAAAGUGGACAGCAGUGACUGCAGCAGUGAGAAAGACCUGGAACCAAUAAAUUCAAAUGGAGCUCAUAUCUGAACAAAGGGAAGUUAAUUUUAGAAACACAGUACUAGUAUCAGUGAAUAACAAAAUCCAAAUUGUUUCCUUGCUUAAUUUUCUCCACAAGAAACAGUACUUUGAUCAAUAUUUAACUGAUGUAAAUAUGUUCUGAGCUGAAGCUGUAAACUGAAGCCAUGUUGCUGCCAGUGAUCACUUUUGACUUUAAUGUUGACCCUGGAUGACAACUGAUGAAAGCUAAUCUCAAUUUAAUUGUGUUGUUGUUCCCAUGCAAAAGAGGAAAACACCAUGUUAAAUAUAUAUCUUGAGUGCCAUGAUUUGGUUGGAAAAUACCCAUGUGAAAGGUAAGAUAAUUCUGAUGGGAUUACCUUAUUGACUGAAGAGAACUUGCAUUUAUAUAGCACCUUUAAUGUGUAAAAAAUUCCAAGGCGCUUCAAACACAAUUUGACAUUGAGACAUAUGAGGAGAUAUCAGGACAAGUGAUCAAAAGCUUGGUCGAAGAUGUAGGCUCUGGGACCCUCUUAAAGGAAGGGAGAGUGGUAGAGAGUUGGAGAGGGAGCAUAGGGCCCCAGGCACCUGAAGGUGCAGCUACCAAUGAUGAAAUGAGUAAAACUGGGGAGGCGCAAAAGGCUAGAGUUGGAGGAGCAAGAGAUCUCAAAAGGUUGUACUGGAAGAGAUAAAGAGAU